GCCCUCCCUCCUUCCCUCCUUCCCUCCCUCCGCCUUCCUCCUUCCGAGGCAACUUUUCUGAGGCGGAGAAGGCGCUGAGAGACGGCUUCUGAGGAGAACAGGAGGAGGAGAAGGCUUGGAAAGGCGCUCCUGAGGAGAACAAGGCUUCUUUCCUUCUUUCUUUCCCCUCCUCGCCUCAGACUUGGCUUCAUUCCUUUCCACAGCUGUGAGGAAAGAGUGAGGACUCUUUCCUCACAGAAGCCGGUUUCUUUCAAGAGAGAGAGAAGGAAAGAAGGAGGAGAGCAACCGCCUUCAAACUUUGCUUCCUCCUGAUGCGAUUUGGAGAAGCCAUACUUGAGGAAAAGAUCCAGGAGAAGGAAGAAGGCGCCUUGGUAGGCAUGGGCCUCCUCUCAUGAAGGCUUGGAAAGGUGCUCCUGAGGAGAAAAGGGCUUCCUUCCUUCUUUCUUUCGCCUCCUCGCCUCAGACUUGGCUUCAUUCCUUCCCACAGCCGCCCUUUUCUCCUCCCCUGAGGAAAGAAGGACUCUUUCCUCUCAGUAGCCGGUUUCUUUCAAGGGAGAGAGAAGGAAAGAAGAAGGAGAGCAACCGCCUUCAAACUUUGCUUCCACCUGAGGCGAUUUGGAGAAGCCAUACUGGGGAGAAGAUCCAGGAGAAGGAAGAAGGUGCCUUGUUAGGCAUGGGCCUCCUCUCAUGAGGGUCAUUGGAGGCUCUCCCUCAACCAGAAGAGGCAGAUAGAUGUCCAAGCCACCCUCAGAUCCAUUGCCACCCUCCAUUGGAGAAUGAGGAAGAGAUCGAAAAACAUCAUGGAGUGGAUCCCAACCACUGAUUAGGACACCUGGAGGCAGUUGCCUAUACAUCUCCUGGAACCUCCUUGCUCUCAACCCUUCUCUCCUGGAGUCUAUCCCUGGUGGUCGCAGCGAGAAGUGGGAGGAAGUCUCUUUCCAUGAAGAAAUGAUGUCCAGCGGCUGUUAAGUAGGAGACGCCGACUAAUUAGGACACCAGGCACCUGGAGGCAGCUGUCUAUACACCUCCUGGAACUUCCUUGCUCUCAACCUCAGCAAGAAGUGGGAGGAAGUCUCUUUCCAUGAAGAAAUGAUGUCCAGUGGCUGUUAAGUUGGAGACGCCGACUAAUUAGGACACCAGGCACCUGGAGGCAGCUGCCUAUACAUCACCUGGAACCUCCUUGCUCUCAACCUCAGCAAGAAGUGGGAGGAAGUCUCUUUCCAUGAAGAAAUGAUGUCCAGCGGCUGUUAAGUUGGAGACGCUGACUAAUUAGGACACCUGGAGGCAGCUGCCUAUACACCUCCUGGAACCUCCUUGCUCUCAACCUCAGCAAGAAGUGGGAGGAGCUCAUUACAGGAUUACCAACUUUCUACUAGAAGGUGAUGUCCAGUGACUGUGAAAUAGAAGACACCGACUAAUUAGGACACCAGGCACCUGGAGACAGCUGUCUAUACAACUCCUGGAACCUCCUUGCUCUCAACACUUGGAUUCUAUCCCUGGUGGUCCCAGCAAGAAAUGCGAGGAAGUCAUUACGAGAUUACCAUCCUUCCAUGGAGAUGAUGUCCGGUGGCUGUUAAAUAGGAGACGCUGACUAAUUAGGACACCAGGCACCUGGAGGCAGCUGCCUAUACACCUCCCAGGGCUUCCUUGCUGCUCUCAACCAUUCUCCUGGAGUACUCCUCAUGCUUCCCUGGACUUGGAUUCACUACCAAGGUCAAGAAAACGUAAUUUGUUGGAGUUGCUUUGUGGCUGAUGACUACCCUCUUGGUCUCCCUCCAUUCUGCUGGACCCCUUGUGAUUGAUUGCUCAACAGCCUCUUGUGAUCCAGCCGCUGGAUUCCUGAGAUUCUUGAUGACCGGAGCCUAAGUGCGUGUCCGUGUGCUGCUUACCAUGAAGGUCCGGCUGUCCAGGAAGGGGCCCUACCUGCUGCUGGGGCUCCUGAUUGUCGGGGCCACUUUCUUCCUGGUGGAGCUGUCCAUUUCCAGCUUCCAGGCGCCUUCCUCUGGGGGGCUGGGAAAUGGGGCCACCAAAGGGAGGUGGGAGAGGCAUUUUUCGAACAGGGCUGAGGAGAGGGAGGAGCUGUCCCAGCCAGUGUACCAAAAGCCCCCUCCAGACCCCCGCGCCCUGGGGGAGUGGGGCAAGGCGGCCCGCUUGACGCUGAGUCCUGAAGAGAAGAAGUUGGAGGACGAGCUGGUGGAGCGCUAUGCCAUCAACAUCUACCUAAGCGAUAAGAUCUCGCUGCACCGCCACAUCGACGACGGGCGCAUGCCGGAGUGCAGAUCCAAGGCGUACGACUACCGACGGCUGCCCACCACCUCCGUCAUCAUCGCGUUCUACAACGAAGCCUGGUCCACUUUGCUCCGGACCAUCCACAGUGUCCUAGAGUCUUCGCCGGCCGUUCUCCUCAAGGAGAUCAUCCUGGUGGACGACCUGAGCGACAAAGCGUACCUGAAGGGCGAGCUCGAAAAGUACAUCAGCGACCUGCAAAGGGUCCGCUUGAUCAGGACCAACAAGCGGGAAGGGCUGGUCCGGGCCAGGUUGAUCGGUGCCACCUUUGCCACGGGCGACGUCCUCACCUUCCUCGACUGCCAUUGCGAGUGUGUCCCCGGGUGGCUGGAGCCGCUUCUCCAGAGAGUGGCCGAGAACGAGAGCGUCAUCAUUUGCCCCGUCAUCGACACCAUCGAUUGGAACACGUUUGAGUUCUACAUGCAGCCGGGAGAGCCCAUGAUCGGUGGGUUCGACUGGCGGCUGACCUUUCAGUGGCACUCGGUGCCCAACUACGAGCGCCAACGGCGGAAAUCUAAAAUCGACCCCAUAAGAUCCCCGACCAUGGCUGGGGGCCUGUUUGCGGUCAGUAAAAAGUACUUUGAAUACCUUGGCACCUAUGACAUGGGGAUGGACGUCUGGGGCGGAGAGAACCUGGAGCUCUCCUUUCGGGUCUGGCAGUGUGGCGGUAUCCUGGAGAUCCACCCUUGUUCGCACGUCGGGCACGUGUUUCCUAAACGGGCGCCGUAUGCCAGGCCCAACUUCCUUCAGAACACGGCACGGGCGGCCGAAGUGUGGAUGGACGACUACAAAGAGCACUUCUACAACAGGAAUCCUCCGGCACGGAAGGAAAACUUCGGCGAUCUUGCGGAGAGAAAACUCCUCAGAAAGCACUUGAAGUGCAAUAACUUUGACUGGUACUUGAAAAACAUAUUCCCCAAUUUGCACGUGCCGGAGGAUCGACCCGGCUGGCAUGGGGCGAUCCGCAGUAUGGGCAUCUCCUCCGAGUGUCUGGACUACAAUUCCCCCGAACACAACCCUACGGGGGCCCACGUGAGCCUCUUCGGAUGCCACGGCCAAGGGGGCAACCAGUUUUUUGAGUAUACGCUGAAUCGAGAAAUCAGAUUUAACUCCGUGACCGAGCUUUGUGCCGAGGUGCCCGAACAAAAGGAUUUCGUAGGGAUGAGGACAUGCCCGAAAGACGGCUCUUUCGUCCCAGAAACCAUUAAAUGGGAAUUUAGAGAAGAUGGGACCAUUUAUCAUCCCCAUUCAGGAAAAUGCCUCAGCGCUUACCGUACUCCUGAGGGGCGAGCCGAUAUCCAGAUGACGACGUGUAGUGCCGGAGAUAAAAACCAAGCAUGGAAGUUUGAGAAGUAGAAGAGCAUUCAGCCGAGUCCAGGGUUUUUCGACUAAGGUUCCCUGGAGGUCAUUAUGAGGUCAUUAGGAGCGCCACAAGAGUUUUGGAUUGGGAAAAAAUAUGUUCAUUUUUAUUUAUUUACUAUAUUUGUAUACUGCCCCUCUCAGUC